AUGGCAUUUGGAGGGUGGUGCAGCCUGGCUCCUCCUCUGUGCCGGGUGCGGGCUCGGCUCCCGCACCCACACCGCGAGCCUAUUACCGACUCCGCCUUCCAGAAGCACCCGGAAGCCCGGAUGAGCUCGCGGGUGAGCCGGGCCUGGUCUGCGGCCAUGCCCCGGCACUGCUGGCUUCGGGCGCGAGUACACCCUCUGCCUGCGGUCGCGCUCUCGGAGGCCACGCGGGGAGAGGGAACCGCCCGGGCAGAGCCUCCCCGGAGGUGCAGGGGGGAUGCGCGCCGAGCCGCGGAGGAGGCCGAGGAGAGGCCUUUCCCGCCAUCUCCAGGCCGGCCCCAGGCAGAGCAGCGCUGCCCCACACCCACGCCAGGUCUGGGCACGCGUGCCCGAGCCCAGGUCUGCCCCCGGGCCACGGCGCCGACCCGACUCCUGUCCUGCCCGCCCCCGCCCCCCGCGGCCUGCCCUCGGGUCCCGCCCGCUCACACCCCGCCAAGCCGCCCGGAGCCCGGGCCCGGCCCCGCGGAGCCCGACGGAAGGAGCAAGGCAGGGGUGUGUUUCAGCGGUUUCCGGGGAGGGCCCGAGAAUCUGCGCCUCUGGUCCCUGGGCCACACCUCCGAGGAGGCUCUGAUGCACUCGGUGGGGCCGAGGAGCUGGGAAUCGCUGGAUGACCACAUCUGCUUGCUGCAGCCGCUGUCUGGCCCCAAGCCCUUCAGCACAGCACCCCCCCAAGACCUGUGGCAUCUGUCACUGCCCCAGCAGCCACACUGGUCUGGGCCACCACCCCCUCCUGCCCUCCCUGUGAUGGGUUCCACAGCCCACCAGGAGCCAGGACCUGGCCCUGACCCCACUCCCCGGGUUCCUACCGGAACCAACCCGAACAUCUUCAUGUCGGGGCGCUUGGCUGUCCUGGCCCUGGCUCUGGCCACCCUCCUGGCUCCAGGGGCAGGGGCUCCGCUCAGCAGGAGGGGUUCCCGGAAUAAGCUGCUGCUCGUGUCCUUUGACGGUUUCCGCUGGAACUAUGACCAGGACGUACACACCCCGAACCUGGACACCAUGGCGCUGGAGGGAGUGAAGGCCCGCUACAUGACGCCGGCCUUCGUCACCAUGACCAGCCCCUGCCACUUCACCCUGGUCACAGGCAAAUACAUCGAGAACCACGGGGUGGUCCACAACAUGUACUACAACACCACCAGCAAGGUGAAGCUGCCCUACCACGCCACCCUCGGCAUCAAGAGCUGGUGGGACAACGGCAGCAUACCCAUCUGGAUCACGGCCCAGCGACAGGGCUUAAAGACGGGCUCCUUCUUCUACCCGGGCGGGAACGUCACCUACCAAGGCACAGCGGUGACCCUGAGCCGGAAGGAAGGCAUUCUGCACAACUACAAGGACGAGCAGGAGUGGAGGACCAACAUCGACACGGUGAUGAAAUGGUUCACCGACGAGGGCCUGGACCUGGUCACGCUCUACUUUGGGGAGCCAGACUCCACGGGCCACAAGUACGGCCCCGAGUCCCAGGAGAGGAAGGACAUGGUGAUGCAGGUGGACAGGACGGUGGGCUACCUUCGGGACAGCAUCAGGAGGAGCGGCCUGGAGGGCAGCCUCGAUCUGAUCAUCACAUCCGACCACGGCAUGACCACCGUCCACAAGCAGGCCCAGGACCUGGUGGAGUUCCACGCGUUCCCCAACUUCACCUUCAAGGACAUCGAGUUUGAGCUCCUGGACUACGGGCCCAACGGCAUGCUCCUCCCCAAGGAAGGGAUGCUGGACAAGGUGUACGAGGUCCUCAAGGAUGCCCACCCCAAACUCCACGUCUACAAGAAGGAGUCCUUCCCCAAGUCCCUCCACUACGCCGGGAACCCCAGGAUCACCCCACUGCUCAUGUACAGUGACCCUGGCUACGUCAUCCAUGGGAGACUGAACGUGCAGUUCAACAACGGAGAGCACGGUUUCCACAACGAGGCCAUGGACAUGAAGACCAUCUUCCGGGCCGUGGGCCCCAGCUUCAGGAGGGGCCUGGAGGUGGAGCCCUUCGAGAGCGUCCACGUGUACGAGCUCAUGUGCCAUCUGCUGGGCAUCGUGCCCGAGGCCAACGACGGGCUCUUGAGCACCCUGCUGCCGACGCUCCGGGAGGCCAGCAACGGGACCCAGAGCACCCCCUCGGGUAAGGGGCUGCCGUUCGGUCACAGCGCCAGCAGCCGCCUGGAGCCGCGUUUCCUUUCCUUGUCCUGCACCCCACAAACAUCUCAAGCCCCUGGCAGCGACAAGGGGAGGGCAGGUGGAUGCUCUGCUCUCCUGCCCAGCGGCCGGCCCCCCGUGGUGACAGGACUGCUGGUAGCCGUGAUGCUUCUGGCCAAGGUCGCAUAAUGCUCUGUCGCUGGAGGCCCGCCUCUUCCAGGAAGCCUCCAGAAGCUGCCCUCUCGCGGUGUGAGUCUGCCGGACACGGAUGAGCCUGUCUCCGCACUUGCCCGCAGCCCUCAGCGUCCCCCAGCCCCGGCCCACGCUCAGUCGUUGCGGGGCGGGCCGUUGGGCCGCUGUCCAGGUUUAGGACCGGGAACGCGCAGGGUCCACCUCUGCCCGCCCCGCUUCCCGCAGGCCCCGCCCCAGAGCCGUGCUGUCCGCGGCCACGCGGGGGCGCUCGGGAGUCCUGCGCGCGAAGGUCCGGACCCGACCUGGCUCCGACCCACCCCGACCCGCCCAGAACGAGCCCCGCUUCGGCCUUCGGCUCCGGCGGGGGCGCAGGGCAGGCGGCGGGGACGCUUGGCCUCGUGGAGUCCGCACGCCUCUGCCCUGGUGGCCGCCCCGCCGGGCUGCCGCUGCCCUGGGGAAACGAAGGACGGGGCCGCGGUCACUUGCAGGCCUUCUGCUCUGGAGCCUGCGGGGAUUUCCAGCAUCCUUAGCCGCCGGCCCCAGGUGUGACGAGUUCCCCAAGCCCCAGGCCGCCUCACAGCCCCUGGGGAGCCCCUGCGGGACCUGCCGGAAGAGGGGACAGUGGGGGAUGGGAAGGCUCUUUGCAGAGGGACAGGGAACCAGAAUCCCUAAGCCACGUGGUUCAAGCGAAAAAAUGAAAAUAAUAAAACAGGUGCAAACACCGCAAA